AUGAAGAGUAAUGGAGUGAGUCUGGGCCGUACAGGACUACUCCGGUGCGAGGCUGCUGCUGUUCCUAUCCCUAUAUUUGAGUGGUACAAAGGGGAGAAAAGGAUUAUCAGAGGUCAGGGCAUCGACAUAAAGAGUGUGAGCACCAGAUCAGUGCUGACAGUGUACAACAUGACAGAAGACCGCUACGGCAACUACACAUGCGUCGCCACCAACAAGAUGGGGACAGCCAACGCCAGCGUGACUCUUGCUCGUAAGUGCAGUCCAUGCUUUUCUGCUUGGUCCAAAAAACUGAAGGAAACAAUCCUGGACUGUGUCACCUGGUUUAAAGAGUAUGUUUUAAUGAGAUGA